AUGGCUGUUGCUGCUCUCUUCUUUGGUGUUGGAGAUCUGGAUGUACUAGCAGCAGCACUUCCUCCAAGCCAGCCUGCUGGUGCAGCAGCUCAGCAGCAGCAGCAGCAGCAGAUGCUUAUGCUGCAACAGCAACAGAGACAGCAGCAGCAACAGGGCAUUGGCGGGCCUCAACAACAACUUUACCUGCAGCAGCAGCAGCAACUCCAGCAGCAGCAGAUGCAGCAGCAACAGUACUUCCAGAGACCGCAGCAGCAAGCAUUCUCGCUGCAGCAGCAAGCAGCAGCGCAGCACGGUGGUGCACACAUGCAGCUACAGAUGGGGCCGCAGCAGCAGCAGCAACUGCAACAGCAGCAAUUACAGCAGCAGCAACUGCAGCAGCAGCAGCAUCUGCAGCAACAACAGUGGCUGCAGCGGCAAAGAACAUUACCAGAAGGGCAGCAGCAGCAGCUGCUGCAGCAGCAGCAGCAACUUGGCUAUGGCAUGCAAGCUCGGGCUGAUUGUACACCGAAGCAGCAGCAACAAAUGACACUGCAGCAGCAGCAGCAGCAGCAGCAAUUUGCUGUAGAUCCACGCUAUGCAGGGCAGCAGCUAACUCAUCAGCAGCAGCACAUGCUGCCUCAGCAGUCUUUCUUACUUAGACAGCAGCAGCAACCGCAGCAGCAACCGCAGCAGCAACAGCAGCAACUGCAGUCUUACCAGCAGCAGCAGCUGCAGCAACAACACCAGCUGCAGCAACAACAGCAACUGCAGCAACAGCAGCAGCUCCAGCAACAACAGCAACUGCAGCAGCAACAGCAGCUCCAACAGCAACAACAGCUCCAUCAGCAGCAACAGUUGCAGCAGCAGCAACAGCUGCAGCAGCAGCAGCAGCAGCUACAUGGCCCCCCACUACGUUCUUUCUCUUGCCCUACAGGCUUCUUGCAGCAGCAACAGCAGCAGCCGCAGCAGCAGCAGGUGUUGCAGCAGAUGCAGCAGCAACAGCUGCAGCAGCCACUGUUACAGCAGCAACAGCUCCAGCAGCAACAGCUGCAACAACAGCAGCUACAGCAGCAGCAGUUGCAGCAGCAGCAACUGCAACAGCAGCAACUGCAACAGCAGCAACUGCAACAGCAGCAGCUACAGCAGCAGCAGCUGCAGCAACAGCAGCUAAGGGGUCAACUUGGAUACGCAGCGCAAUCACAGCAGCUGCAGCAAAUGCAGCAGCUGCCGCUGCAGCAGCAGCAGCAGGCAUACCGUCAGGCUGCUGCUGGGCAGCAGCAGCAGCAGCUGCUUAUGCAAGGUCCAUCAGGCUGGCAGCAGCAGCAGCAGCAGCCGGCAUUCCAGCAGCAACAGUUGCAGCAGCAGCAACUGCAGCAGCAGCAGCAGUUGCAGCAGCAACAGCGGCAACAGCUGCAGCAGCAACUACAGCAACAGCAGUUGCAGCAACUACAGCAGCAGCAGCAGCAGCAGCAACGGCUGCUCUGUCAACCAGGGGCAGCGCAGCCCCAACCAAACAUGGCCGCUCUGCAGCAACAGCAGCAGCAGCAGCAGCAGCACUAUGCACAGCAAAUGAUGGGGGUGGCUCCUAAUCAGCAACUACAGAUGCAGCAGCUGCAGCAGCAACAGCUACAGCAGCAGCAGCUACAGCAGCAACGGCUACAGCAACAGCAACUGCAGCAACAGCAACUGCAGCAACAGCAACUGCAGCAGCAACAACUGCAGCAGCAGCAACUGCAGCAGCAACCGUUCAUGAGGGCUCCUAUGGGAGAUUCCUUAGUCUUCUCCCAGCAGCAGCAACUACAACGGCAGCAACAGCUGCAGCAGCAGCAGCUACAACAGCAGCAACUGCAGCAACAGCAGCAGCACCCUCAACUUAUGACUAGCAGCAAUCACGAUGGUCUUAUGCAGCAGCAAAUGCAGCAGCAGACACAUAUGUUAAAUCCACAGCAGCAGCAGCAGCUACUGCAGCAGCAGCAAUUACAGCAGCAGCAGCAAUUACAACAACAACAGCAGCAGCUGCAGCAGCAGCAGCAGCAGCGGCUGCAGAUGCAGCACCCAGGGAGUGGUUUCUACAACUAA